AUGAAGAAUUUCAUUAAUAUAUCUCGUUUAUUUAACAAAGCAAAUCAGAAACCUACUCAGUCAUCAGCCGUUCAAAGAUCUGCUGAACAUCUUGGUAACUCAUCUAAAGCAGAAAGUCAAAAUGCUGUUAAAUCAAAUCUUAAAGCUCAUAAAAAUACAUUAAACCGUACAGUUGUUAACAGUGAAAGGGAUCAUCAAAGUGGUAUUGAUUCUCUUAAUGUCAGUUAUACUAAUAUUCAUGACACAGAAGUCCAAGCAUAUCAAAAGAAGUUUUGGUUAGAAGCUAUGUAUUCAAUGGUUUAA